CGAUGAAAAAAUUAGCCCUCUCUGUUAUGAACAUCCACAACUCCAACAACACCAAUCCGAAGGUCUAGUGAGGGGAGGUUGAGUAGAGCGACCACAGUCAGAACGACACACGACACACAACACACAACACACGAAUAGACUCAGAGUUGUAUACAUUCUUUUCUUUUCUUUACCAUUCUUUUGUAUUCUAUUCCUUUCUUUUGUAUUUUGACUUAUUCAAUAUGACUUCAGCAGUAGAAGUUAUAUACACAGCCACUACUACAACCACUACAACAACAACUACAACCACUACAACAACUGUACCUCCAACUUGGGAUUUAGUAUCACAAAAAUUAGCCGAUAAUUUUGUAUAUUAUUUAAAUAGUUUAGAUAAAUUACCUGGUGGACAAAUCAUUUUAAGAUAUAUUAAAAGUUCAUAUCAAGAUGAUCCAAUAAGAUCAUUAUUUGAAUUAGCAUUAUUUAUAUUUGCCAUUCAUUAUUUCCUUUCAUCAAAAAAGCGAGAAAACAAAUCAGAUUUUGUCAAGUUUUCUAAACGAGAAAUUGAUGAAUUAUGUGAAGAAUGGGUACCUGAACCAUUAAUUGAUGAAAUUAAUCCUUAUGAAAAAUGGCAAUUAGAUGCUAUACCAGAAGUUAAAGGUCAUAAUGGUUCUCAUAUUAAUAUUGAUGGUAGACAAGAAGUUAUUAAUUUAGCUUCCAAUGAUUUUCUUAAUUUAAAUGAAAGUAAAUCAAUUAAAUUAGCCGCAAAUCAAGUAAUUAAUAAUUCUGGUGUUGGGGCAUGUGGUCCACCAAAUUUUUAUGGUACUCAAGAUGUUCAUGUUAGAUUAGAAGAAGAUUUAGCAAAAUAUUUAGAUGGUGAACAAUCAAUUCUUUAUGGUCAAGAUUAUGUUACAGCUGGUUCAGUUAUUCCUGCCUUUUUAAAAAGAGGUGAUCUUUGUGUAGUUGAUAGUGGAGUUAAUUUAGCUAUUCAAAAGGCUUUAAUUAUUAGUCGUUGUGAUAUUGAAUGGUAUGAUCAUAAUGAUAUAAUUCAUUUAGAACAAAUUUUAUCAGAAAUUAAACCAGUAUUAGAUAAACAAAAACCAAUUAAAAGAAGAUUUAUUGUUACUGAAGCUUUAUUUGCUAAUACAGGAGAUUUAGCUAAUUUAAAAUCAAUUGUGGAAUUAAAAAAUAAAUAUAAAUAUAGAUUAUUUUUAGAUGAAUCAUUAUCAAUUGGUACAUUAGGUAAAACUGGUAGAGGAUUAGUUGAACAUUUUAAUAUUCCAAGAACUGAAAUUUCUAUAAGUAUUGGUUCAUUAGCUAAUGCAUUUGCAUCAUCAGGAGCAUUUUGUGUUGGAGUUAAUCCAAUGGUUCAUCAUCAAAGAAUUCAAUCAAAUGCUUAUGUUUUCAGUGCAUCUUUACCACCAUAUUCGGCAAAAGUUGCUUCUGAAGCUAUAAAGGAAAUUACUGAAAAUAUUAAUUCCAAUGGUGAAUCAAUUUUAAUUAAUUCAUUACAUGAAAAAUCAUAUUUUGUUUAUGAUAAUUUAUUAAAGAAAUUAUCUAAUUCAAAAUAUGUUGAAAUUAUUUCGGAUAGAAAUUCUCCAAUUAUUCAUAUAAGUUUAACAAAUAAUUAUAGAGAUUCAUUAAAUUUACCUCAAUUAUAUGGUAAUUCUGAAAUUUUAAUUAGAGGUAAACCAGCAAAAUAUGUUAAUCCAUUUGAUGAUUAUUAUAAUUUUGAAUCAUUUUUAUUACAAAAGAUUAUUGAUUUUAUUUUACAAAAUACUAAUAUCUUAAUAACAAGAUCAAAGAAUCAAAUUGAACAUGAAAAUUUACCAUUAAUUAAUCCUCAUUUAUUAAUUCAUAUUAAUAAUGGAGUAUCUAUUAAUGAAUAUCAAAAAUUAAUUGAUAUCUUUGAUAUUGCAAUUAAUAAAGUAUUACAAUCAAUUAAUACAGAAAAUGAUCUUUUUGAAUUAACUAAUGAGAUUCUUAAUUAUUAGAUCUCGUCAAUUUCCAAUUUCCAAUUUCCAAUUUCCUCAUACUAUUUAUUCUACUUUUACUUAGACUUCAUUCAUGGCAUAUCAUAUCAUAUCAUUCUUUUUAACUCAAUUAAAGC